AUGAGGCGCAAUAGACAAAGUCCCUUGUUCAAGAGGCCCCUCGAAUAUCCGAAAUCCAGGCAUGGGGCGGCCAAGCAGAGUCCGGUCUUCCUUUGCAACCCGGGCAAUUGCACGAGCUACACCAGCACCAACUACAUUUUGGCUGGCUUUGUGGCGUUGGGUGCCGCUGGUGGGGAAACUGCUGACUGGUCUGCGCUGGACCAGAGCCAGAUCUUCCCCAAGCCUGUCGGCGCGAAGUAUCAGCACUGUACCUUUGCAGACAAGGGACAGCUGAACAAGAGCCUGACCAUCGCAGGCGCCUCGGGCGGUAUUUUCCGACACACGCGCGUGGCAUCCCAGGAUGCGUCCAUCCUUGGCUGGACCUGCGGCAACUUGAUUUCACCGGCCUCGGCUGCUGCGGAGUUUUUCUAUGACCUGCUGCUUGCCAAGCGGAUCAUUCCGGGAGACAUGGUCGAUGCCAUGCAGGACUGGCGGCCUCUGAGCGUCGGAUGGGCAAAGGGUCAGAUCCAGUAUGGCACAGGCCUGAUGAUCCAGCAGACCAGCUGGAAUGCAACCUACCCGCCGGUCCUGGGCAGUUGGGGAUCCUACGUGGGACAUGGAGGAGACACUUAUGGCUUCCUAUCGGAGAGUGGCAUCCUCCCGCAGUUCAACGCGUCCUUCUCAGCCAUUGCGAACCAGGCAGAUGCCGGUUUUUGUUCCAGGGGGGUCGGACUACUUACUUCGCCUUUAGCUGAACUUUAA